AUGUUGUCAGUCACCAGCUCUGUCACGGAGAAACUGAGUUUGUGGAACUUCAGGAGGGGAGCCCUGGUAGGACCCAGGUGGUUUGAAUCCUCGGGGAUCCACGUGGCAGGACUGGUGGUGGGAGAGUGCUGCCCCACGCCCAGCCACUGGAGUGCCACCCAGACCCUUCACGCGUGGCUGCAGCAGCAUGGCAUCCCUGGUCUGCAAGGAGUGGACACUCGUGAGCUGACCAAGAAGUUGCGGGAACAGGGCUCUCUGCUGGGGAAGCUGGUCCAGAAGGGGACAGAGCCCUCCUCCCUGCCGUUCCUGGACCCCAAUGCGCGCCCCCUGGUGCCAGAGGUCUCCAUCAAGACCCCACGGGUGUUCAAUGCAGGGGGUGCCCCUCGGAUCCUGGCUUUGGACUGUGGCCUCAAGUACAACCAGAUCCGCUGUCUGUGCCAGCGUGGGGCUGAGGUCACGGUGGUGCCCUGGGACCAUGCAUUCGACAGCCAGGAGUACGAGGGUCUCUUCCUGAGUAACGGCCCUGGUGACCCUGCCUCCUACCCCCACGUUGUGUCAAUGCUGAGCCGUGUCUUGUCUGAGCCUAAUCCCCGGCCUGUCUUCGGGAUCUGCCUGGGACACCAGCUGCUGGCCUUAGCUAUCGGGGCCAAGACGUACAAGAUGAGGUAUGGGAACCGUGGCCACAACCAGCCCUGUCUGCUGGUGGGCUCAGGGCGCUGCUUCCUGACAUCGCAGAACCAUGGGUUUGCGGUGGAGACCGACUCCCUGCCGGCGGGCUGGGCUCCUCUCUUCACCAACGCCAAUGACGGUUCCAACGAGGGUCUUGUGCACCACAGCCUGCCCUUCUUCAGCGUCCAGUUCCACCCAGAGCACCAGGCUGGCCCUUCAGACAUGGAGCUCCUUUUUGAUGUCUUUCUGGACACUGUGAAAGAGGCCAUAGCUGGGAACCCCGGCGGCCAGACAGUGCGCGAGCGGCUGACUGAGCGCCUCUGUCCGCCCGGGACUCCCACCCCUGGCUCCGGGCCCCCGCCACCACGGAAGGUGCUGAUUCUGGGCUCAGGGGGCCUCUCCAUUGGCCAGGCUGGCGAGUUCGACUACUCUGGCUCUCAGGCGAUUAAGGCCCUCAAGGAGGAGAACAUACAGACGCUGCUGAUCAACCCCAACAUCGCCACGGUGCAGACCUCACAGGGACUGGCGGACAAGGUCUACUUCCUCCCCAUCACACCUCACUACGUGACCCAGGUAAUACGGAACGAACGCCCAGAUGGGGUGUUGCUGACUUUCGGGGGCCAGACUGCUCUGAACUGUGGCGUGGAACUGACCAAGGCCGGGGUGCUGGCCCGCUAUGGUGUGCGGGUCCUGGGCACCCCCGUGGAGACCAUCGAGCUCACGGAGGACCGGCGCGCUUUUGCUGCCAGGAUGGCAGAGAUCGGAGAGCACGUGGCCCCCAGUGAGGCGGCCAGUUCUCUGGAGCAGGCCCAGGCAGCCGCCGAGCGACUUGGGUACCCUGUACUGGUGCGGGCGGCCUUUGCCCUGGGCGGCCUGGGCUCAGGCUUUGCCUCCAGUAGGGAGGAGCUCUCUGCUCUGGUGGCCCCGGCCUUCGCCCAUACCAGCCAAGUGCUGGUGGACAAGUCCCUGAAGGGGUGGAAGGAGAUUGAGUACGAGGUGGUGAGGGACGCCUACGGCAACUGUGUCACGGUGUGCAACAUGGAGAACUUGGACCCCCUGGGCAUCCACACUGGGGAGUCCAUCGUGGUGGCUCCAAGCCAGACGCUGAACGACAGGGAGUACCAGCUGCUGCGGCAGACGGCCAUCAAGGUGACCCAGCACCUUGGCAUCGUCGGGGAGUGCAACGUGCAGUAUGCCUUGAACCCCGAGUCUGAGCAGUAUUACAUCAUUGAGGUGAAUGCCAGGCUGUCUCGCAGCUCCGCUCUGGCCAGUAAGGCCACAGGCUAUCCCCUGGCCUACGUGGCAGCCAAGCUGGCCCUGGGCAUCCCCUUGCCUGAGCUUAGGAACUCGGUGACAGGGGGCACAGCCGCCUUUGAGCCCAGCCUGGACUACUGCGUGGUGAAGAUUCCUCGCUGGGACCUCAGCAAGUUCCUGCGCGUCAGCACAAAGAUCGGGAGCUGCAUGAAGAGUGUUGGUGAAGUCAUGGGCAUUGGGCGUUCGUUUGAGGAGGCCUUCCAAAAGGCCCUGCGCAUGGUGGAUGAGAACUGUGUGGGCUUUGACCACACGGUGAAGCCAGUUAGCGACAUGGAGUUGGAGACGCCCACAGACAAGCGCAUCUUUGUGGUGGCAGCGGCCCUGUGGGCCGGGUACUCGGUUGACCGUCUGUACGAGCUCACGCGCAUCGACCGCUGGUUCCUGCACCGCAUGAAGCGCAUCAUAGUGCACGCCCAGCUGCUGGAGCAGCACCGCGGGCAGCCUCUGCCGCCAGACCUGCUGCACCAGGCCAAGUGCCUGGGCUUCUCAGACAAGCAGAUCGCCCUCGCAGUUCUGAGCACAGAGCUGGCUGUUCGCAAGCUGCGGCAGGAGCUGGGCAUCUGCCCGGCCGUCAAGCAGAUUGACACGGUGGCCGCCGAGUGGCCUGCCCAGACCAACUACCUGUAUCUGACGUACUGGGGCACCACGCACGACCUCGGCUUCCGGACGCCCCACGUCCUGGUUCUGGGCUCCGGCGUCUACCGCAUUGGCUCCAGCGUGGAAUUCGACUGGUGCGCCGUGGGCUGCAUCCAGCAGCUUCGGAAGAUGGGCUACAAGACCAUCAUGGUGAACUACAACCCGGAGACCGUCAGCACCGACUACGACAUGUGUGACCGGCUUUACUUUGAUGAGAUCUCUUUUGAGGUGGUGAUGGACAUCUACGAGCUGGAGAGCCCCGAGGGUGUGAUCCUGUCCAUGGGUGGGCAGCUGCCCAACAACAUGGCCAUGGCCCUGCACCGGCAGCAGUGCCGGGUGCUGGGCACCUCCCCGGAAGCCAUCGACUCGGCCGAGAACCGCUUCAAGUUCUCGCGGCUCCUCGACACCAUCGGGAUCAGCCAGCCGCAGUGGCGCGAGCUCAGCGACCUGGAGUCGGCGCGCCAGUUCUGCCAGGCCGUGGGCUACCCCUGCGUAGUGCGCCCCUCCUACGUGCUGAGCGGUGCGGCCAUGAACGUGGCCUACACCGACGGGGACCUGGAGCGCUUCCUGAGCAGUGCGGCUGCCGUGUCCAAGGAGCACCCCGUGGUUAUCUCCAAGUUCAUCCAAGAAGCCAAGGAGAUUGAUGUGGACGCUGUGGCCUGCGAUGGUGUGGUGGCUGCCAUUGCCAUCUCUGAGCAUGUGGAGAACGCGGGCGUACACUCGGGCGAUGCCACGCUGGUGACGCCCCCUCAAGACAUCACUGCCAAGACCCUGGAGCGGAUCAAAGCCAUCGUGCAUGCUGUGGGCCAGGAGCUGCAGGUUACGGGCCCCUUCAACCUGCAGCUCAUCGCCAAGGACGACCAGCUGAAGGUCAUCGAGUGCAACGUGCGCGUCUCUCGCUCCUUCCCCUUCGUCUCCAAGACCCUGGGCGUGGACCUCGUGGCCGUGGCCACCCGCGUCAUCAUGGGGGAAGAGGUGGAGCCCGUGGGGCUCAUGACUGGCUCUGGCGUUGUGGGGGUGAAGGUGCCGCAGUUCUCCUUCUCCCGCUUGGCGGGUGCUGAUGUGGUGCUGGGUGUGGAGAUGACCAGCACCGGGGAGGUGGCCGGCUUUGGGGAGAGCCGCUGCGAGGCCUAUCUCAAGGCCAUGCUCAGCACCGGCUUCAAGAUUCCCAAGAAGAACAUUCUGCUGACCAUUGGCAGCUACAAGAACAAGAGUGAGUUGCUCCCGACCGUGCGGCUGCUGGAGAGCCUUGGCUACAGCCUCUACGCCAGCCUGGGCACCGCCGACUUCUACACUGAGCAUGGUGUCAAGGUGACGGCCGUGGACUGGCACUUUGAGGAGGCCGUGGAUGGGGAGUGCCCGCCGCAGCGCAGCAUCCUGGAGCAGCUGGCCGAGAACCACUUCGAGCUGGUGAUCAACCUUUCCAUGCGUGGGGCUGGAGGCCGGCGGCUCUCUUCCUUUGUCACCAAGGGCUACCGCACACGGCGCCUGGCCGCUGACUUCUCUGUGCCUCUCAUCAUCGACAUCAAGUGCACCAAGCUCUUUGUGGAGGCCCUGGGCCAGAUUGGGCCGGCCCCUCCGCUGAAGGUGCACGUGGACUGCAUGACCUCCCAGAAGCUCGUGCGGCUGCCCGGGUUGAUUGAUGUCCAUGUGCACCUGCGGGAACCCGGUGGGACACACAAGGAAGACUUUGCCUCGGGCACUGCCGCUGCACUGGCGGGGGGUGUCACAAUGGUGUGCGCCAUGCCCAACACCCGGCCCCCUAUCACCGACGCCCCUGCGCUGGCCCUGGUCCAGAAGCUGGCAGAGGCUGGCGCUCUCUGUGACUUCGCCUUGUUCCUUGGGGCCUCCUCUGAAAACGCAGGGACCCUGGGUGCUGUGGCUGGGUCAGCGGCUGGAUUAAAGCUGUACCUCAAUGAGACCUUCUCUGAGCUGCGGCUGGACAGUGUGGCCCAGUGGAUGGAGCACUUCGAGACGUGGCCGUCCCACCUCCCCAUCGUGGCCCACGCUGAGCGGCAGAGCGUGGCCGCCGUCCUCAUGGUGGCCCAGCUGACCCAGCACUCGGUGCACAUAUGUCACGUGGCUCGGAAGGAGGAGAUCUUGCUGAUCAAAGCUGCCAAGGCGCGGGGGCUGCCAGUGACCUGUGAGGUGGCACCCCACCACCUGUUCCUGAGCCAGGAUGACCUGGAACGCCUGGGGCACGGCAAGGGGGAGGUCCGGCCUGAGCUGGGAUCCCGCCAGGACGUGGAGGCCCUGUGGGACAACAUGGCUGUCAUCGACUGCUUCGCCUCGGACCACGCCCCGCACACCGUGGAGGAGAAGUGUGGGCCCAGGCCCCCACCCGGCUUCCCGGGGCUGGAGACCAUGCUGCCGCUGCUGCUGACCGCAGUGAGCGAGGGCCGGCUCAGCCUGGACGACCUGCUACAGCGGCUGCACCACAACCCCCGGCGUAUCUUCCACCUGCCUCCCCAGGAGGACACCUACAUAGAGGUGGAUCUAGAGCAUGAGUGGACGGUCCCCAGCCACAUGCCCUUCUCCAAGGCCCACUGGACUCCGUUUGAAGGGCAGAAGGUGAAAGGCACCGUCCGUCGCGUGGUCCUGCGCGGGGAGGUCGCCUACAUCGACGGGCAGGUUCUGGUGCCCCCGGGCUAUGGACAGGAUGUUCGCAAAUGGCCUCAGGGGGCUGUGCCCCAGCCCCCGCCCCCACCUCCAGCACCUGCAGCCAGCGAGAUCACCACGACACCUGAGAGGCCCCGCCGGGGCAUCCCAGGCCUCCCUGAUGGCCGCUUCCACUUGCCACCCCGAAUCCACCGAGCCUCCGACCCAGGCUUACCAGCCGAGGACCCAAAGGAGAAGGCCUCUCGGAAGGCGGCCGAGCUCGAGCUGAUGGGAACCCCUGAUGGCACCUGCCACCCUCUACCACCAGUGCCUAGACAGGCGUCACCCCAGAACCUGGGGGCCCCCGGCCUACUGCACCCCCAGACCUCACCCCUGCUGCACUCAUUGGUGGGCCAACAUAUCCUGUCCGUCCAGCAGUUCACCAAGGAUCAGAUGUCUCACCUGUUCAACGUGGCACAUACGCUGCGGAUGAUGGUGCAGAAGGAGCGGAGCCUGGACAUCCUCAAGGGGAAGGUCAUGGCCUCCAUGUUCUACGAGGUGAGCACGCGCACCAGCAGCUCCUUCGCAGCAGCCAUGGCCCGGCUUGGGGGCGCCGUGCUCAGCUUCUCUGAGGCCACGUCGUCCGUCCAGAAAGGCGAGUCCCUGGCGGACUCUGUGCAGACCAUGAGCUGCUACGCAGAUGUGGUUGUGCUCCGGCACCCGCAGCCCGGGGCGGUGGAGCUGGCGGCCAAGCACUGCCGGCGACCCGUGAUCAACGCUGGGGACGGAGUGGGAGAGCACCCCACCCAGGCACUGCUGGACAUCUUCACCAUCCGUGAGGAGCUGGGCACAGUCAACGGCAUGACGAUCACGAUGGUGGGAGACCUGAAGCAUGGCCGAACAGUACACUCCCUGGCCUGCCUGCUCACCCAGUACCGCGUCAGCCUGCGCUACGUGGCGCCCCCCAGCCUGCGCAUGCCACCCAGCGUGCGGGACUUCGUGGACGCCCGGGGCACUAAGCAGGAGGACUUCGAGAGCAUCGAGGAGGCACUGCCCGACACCGAUGUGCUGUACAUGACUCGCAUCCAGAAGGAGCGGUUUGGCUCUGCCCAGGAGUAUGAGGCGUGCUUUGGUCAGUUCAUCCUCACGCCGCACAUCAUGACCCGGGCCAAGAAGAAGAUGGUGGUGAUGCACCCCCUGCCCCGAGUCAACGAGAUAAGCGUGGAGGUGGACUCCGACCCGCGGGCCGCCUACUUCCGCCAGGCUGAGAACGGCAUGUACAUCCGCAUGGCGCUGCUGGCCACCGUGCUGGGCCGCUUCUAGAGCCGGGCCCAGCUCUGGCGGCUUCUUCUCUUCAGGCCCAGCUGCUGGGCAAGUCCAGUGCCCCCCACGGGGGCAGCCACUUAGUCGGCCCUCUGGCGUCCAGAGAGCUCACGCGUGCGGCCCACGCUCUGGGCUCUGGACCGGCACUCGAGCGGCGCAGGGCCUCGGGUGCUGGGCCCAUCUGCCCGUCUCCAUCCCCGCACCUUAAGUCUGUACGGUCGCUUUUCUACCGACUUAAUAAACGGCUGUGCUGCCUUGACUCCUG